GCUGCUGCUGCUGCUGCUGCUCCCGCUACCACCCUGGGCAGGGGAUGUGAACUCCCUUAAAGAAUGACUAGGAUUGCCACGAUUGCCAUUCUUUUGCAGCUGUUGCAAAAAACCGAGGGACAGGGCUUCGCAGGUGGUUGUUCGUUUGAUGAACACUACAGUAACUGUGGUUAUAGUGUGGCUCUGGGGACCAAUGGAUUUACUUGGGAGCAGAUUAAUACCUGGGAGAAACCAACAAUGGAUCCUGCUGUCCCAACUGGCUCCUUCAUGAUGGUGAACAGCUCUGGGAGAGCAUCUGGGCAAAAAGCUCAUUUGCUUCUACCAACCUUGAAGGAAAAUGACACACACUGUAUUGACUUCCAUUACUACCUGUCCAGUCGAGACCGCUCCAGCCCUGGAUCGUUGAAUGUUUAUGUCAAGGUUAAUGGUGGACCUCAAGGCAACCCUAUCUGGAAUGUGUCUGGGAUUGUUACAGAAGGCUGGGUGAAGGUAGAACUUGCAAUCAGCACAUUCUGGCCACACUUCUAUCAGGUGAUAUUUGAAUCGGUUUCGUUGAAGGGACACCCUGGCUACAUAGCUGUGGAUGAAGUCAGAGUUCUUGCCCAUCCAUGCAGAAAAGCUCCUCACUUCCUGCGGCUCCAGAACGUGGAGGUUAAUGUUGGACAGAAUGCAACGUUCCAGUGCAUUGCUGGAGGAAAGUGGUCUCAACAUGACAAACUGUGGCUACAGCAGUGGAAUGGCAGAGACACAGCUUUAAUGGUCACCAGAGUCGUCAACCAUAGACGCUUUUCUGCUACGGUCAGUGUAGCUGACACUUCUCAGCGCAGCAUCAGUAAAUACCGAUGUGUCAUCCGCUCAGAUGGUGGAUCAGGGGUUUCAAACUAUGCAGAAUUAAUAGUGAAAGAACCUCCCACGCCUAUUGCACCUCCAGAACUUCUAGCAGUUGGAGCCACCUAUCUAUGGAUCAAGCCAAAUGCCAACUCCAUCAUUGGAGAUGGACCUAUCAUCCUGAAAGAGGUGGAGUACCGUACGACCAAUGGGAACUGGGCUGAAACCCACAUUGUUGAUUCACCCAAUUACAAGUUAUGGCAUCUAGACCCCGAUGUGGAGUAUGAGAUCAGAGUGCUCCUUACCAGACCUGGAGAAGGAGGAACUGGACCUCCUGGACCUCCGCUCACAACAAGAACAAAAUGUGCAGAUCCUGUACACGGUCCACAGAAUGUGGAGGUUGUUGACAUCCGAUCUCGGCAGCUGACCUUGCAGUGGGAGCCCUUCGGAUAUGCUGUGACUCGUUGCCACAGCUAUAACCUGACAGUCCAUUACCAGUAUGUGUUCAACCAGCAGAAAUAUGAGGCAGAGGAACUAAUUCAGACAUCAUCACACUAUACUUUGCGGGGACUGCGGCCAUUCAUGACUAUCCGACUGAGGUUGGCUCUUUCAAACCCAGAGGGCAAGAUGGAGAGUGAAGAGCUGGUAGUUCAAACUGAGGAGGAUGUUCCUGGACCUGUUCCCCUUGAAUCAAUUCAGGGUGGUCCUUUUGAAGAGAAGAUCUACGUUCAGUGGAAGCCACCAAAUGAGACUAAUGGGAUAAUUACACUCUAUGAGAUUACAUACAAGGCUGUUGGGUCCCUAGAUCCCACCGCUGACCUGUCUAACCAAAGAGGGAAGGUCUUCAAACUAAGGAAUGAAACUCAUCAUCUCUUUGUAGGGCUGUAUCCAGGGACUACUUACUCAUUCACCAUCAAAGCCAGCACAGUGAAGGGCUUUGGACCCCCCAUCACCACAAGGAUUGCAACUAAAAUUUCAGCACCAUCAAUGCCUGAAUAUGAUGCAGACUCUCCUCUGAAUGAAACAGAGACAACCAUCACAGUCAUGCUGAAACCUGCACAAUCUCGUGGGGCACCUGUCAGUGUUUACCAGCUUGUUGUGAAAGAAGAGAGGCCACAGAAGUCACGAAGAGCUGCUGACAUCAUUGAGUGUUUCUCUGUUCCAGUGAGCUACAAAAAUGCUUCAAAUCUCGACUCUCCACAUUACUUUGCGGCCGAGUUAAAACCAGUCAACCUUCCUGUCACACAGCCCUUCACGGUGGGAGACAACAAAACUUAUAAUGGCUACUGGAAUGCUCCGCUUUCACCACUGAAAAGCUACAGCAUUUAUUUCCAGGCACUCAGUAAAGCAAAUGGGGAGACCAAAAUCAACUGUGUCCGGCUGGCAACAAAAGCAGUAAUAAGUAGGCAACAGGUGACUACCCGAAACCCGCCCAGCCUCAUGAGCACAGGAGCAUCUACACAGAAUUCCAAUGCCGUGGAGCCAGAAAAGCAGGUUGACAACACUGUGAAAAUGGCAGGAGUUAUAGCUGGCCUUCUGAUGUUUGUAAUUAUCCUUCUGGGAGCAAUGCUUACCAUCAAGAGAAGGACAUUUUCUUCAUCUGACUGCAUAUUUAGAAGAAAUGCAUAUUCCUACUCCUAUUACUUGAAACUAGCCAAGAAGCAAAAGGAGACGCAGAGCAGCAGUCAGAGAGAAAUGGGCCCUGUUGCUUCUUCAGACAAGACUGCUACGAAACUCAGUUCUGCUCAUAAUGAAGAAGCCUUUUCUUCCAGCUGCCAAGAUGUUAAUGGAUUCACACCAUCCUCUCCUUGUUCAUUUUCUGUCCAAAGCAAAACCCUUCAGAGCAAAUCUUUGUUGAAUUCCUACUACUCAGUAUCAUCAGACACUGUUCCAUCGACCACACUGUUAGACAGUAGCCAUGGGGAGAUGACUCAGCCGACACUGACAAUCCAGACCCAUCCCUAUCGAAGCUGCGACCCAGUGGAAAUGUCCUACCCCAGGGGACAGUUCCAGCCAGCAAUCCGAGUGGCCGACUUGUUGCAGCACAUCACUCAGAUGAAACGGGGACAGGGCUAUGGCUUCAAAGAGGAGUAUGAGGCUCUACCUGAGGGGCAGACAGCAUCUUGGGAUACAGCCAAAGAAGAUGAAAACCGCAAUAAGAAUAGAUAUGGCAACAUCAUCUCCUAUGAUCACUCCAGAGUGAGACUGCAACUGCUGGAAGGAGAUCCCCAUUCAGACUACAUCAAUGCCAACUAUAUAGAUGGUUACCAUCGACCUCACCAUUACAUUGCAACUCAAGGACCCAUGCAAGAGACGGUCAAGGAUUUUUGGAGAAUGAUCUGGCAGGAGAACUCUGCAAGCGUAGUCAUGGUCACGAACCUGGUGGAAGUUGGCAGGGUGAAGUGUGUCAGAUACUGGCCUGAUGAUACGGAAGUCUACGGAGAUAUUAAAGUCACCCUUAUUGAAACAGAGCCAUUGGCAGAAUAUAUCAUACGCACUUUUACAGUUCAAAAGAAAGGCUACCAUGAGAUCCGAGAGAUCCGCCAAUUCCAUUUCACCAGCUGGCCAGACCAUGGGGUUCCUUGUUAUGCCACUGGCCUCUUGGGCUUUGUUCGACAAGUGAAGUUCCUCAAUCCACCAGAGGCAGGGCCUAUUGUUGUGCACUGCAGUGCUGGUGCUGGGAGGACAGGGUGCUUUAUUGCCAUUGACAUCAUGCUUGACAUGGCAGAGAACGAAGGUGUGGUGGACAUAUUUAACUGUGUGCGGGAGCUGCGAUCCCAGAGGGUCAACUUGGUGCAGACGGAGGAACAGUAUGUCUUCGUUCAUGAUGCCAUUCUGGAAGCAUGCCUCUGUGGCAACACAGCCAUCCCUGUUUGUGAAUUCAGAUCCAUAUACUACAACAUCAGCAGACUGGAUCCACAGACGAAUUCCAGCCAGAUUAAAGAUGAAUUCCAGACCCUUAAUAUAGUAACGCCCCGAGUACGGCCAGAAGACUGCAGCAUUGGACUCUUGCCAAGGAACCACGACAAGAAUCGCUGCAUGGAUGUACUCCCAUUGGAUCGGUGCCUCCCCUUCCUUAUCUCCGUUGAUGGGGAAUCAAGUAACUACAUUAACGCUGCACUCAUGGAUAGCCACAAGCAACCUGCUGCCUUUAUAGUUACCCAGCAUCCUUUACCCAACACAGUAGCAGAUUUUUGGAGGCUGGUGUUUGAUUACAACUGCUCCUCUAUUGUGAUGCUGAAUGAAAUGGAUGCUGCACAACUCUGCAUGCAGUACUGGCCAGAGAAGACAUCCUGUUGUUAUGGGCCAAUCCAAGUGGAAUUCGUUUCUGCAGAUAUUGAUGAGGACAUUAUCAAUAGGAUAUUCCGGAUCUGCAACAUGGCAAGGCCCCAGGAUGGGUACCGUAUUGUCCAGCAUUUGCAGUACAUUGGUUGGCCAGCAUACAGAGACAUACCUCCUUCCAAGCGCUCCCUCUUGAAGGUGGUCAGGAGGCUGGAGAAGUGGCAGGAGCAGUAUGAUGGGCGAGAUGGGAGAACUGUGGUCCAUUGCCUGAAUGGGGGUGGCCGCAGUGGCACCUUCUGCGCAAUCUGCAGUGUGUGUGAAAUGAUCCAGCAGCAGAACAUCAUUGAUGUUUUUCACAUAGUGAAAACCCUACGGAACAACAAAUCCAACAUGGUGGAGACACUGGAACAAUAUAAAUUUGUAUACGAGGUUGCACUGGAAUACUUGAGUUCAUUUUAGCCCAUGAAAGGUGGGGAGCUUGCUGAAUUCCAAAAGCCCUGAUGUCUGAAGGACACUGGUUCCCCUCGUACUUAAAGGGAGCAAUGGGGUGAGGAAAGCAAAGCUCUUCACCCUGGAGCAAGAGACCAGGUCAGAUCUCAGUGCCAUUGGAAGGAGGAGGGAUCUGCUACCAUCUGCUUUCUCCAGGAACGUCUCUCACUUUUUAAACAACCUACUGUACAAAUUGGCAAGCCACGAGGCAAGCUGGAAGACUCUGAUUUCUAAUCCUUUCUGACUGCUUCACUCUGCCAUUUUGGAUGUGUGUUUUUGUUUCUCCUUGAUACGAAUGGGGAAGGGGGAUUACUGGAAUAAUCAGUCGCCUUGAAACUCCUCUUUCUCUUUGCAUCCCCCACAAAUCCUCACUUUAUGUUUUUAGUUUUCUAUAUCAGCCAUUUGGCAAAAGAGGAAAGCUUCGGUAGACCCACGUUAAGUGCUUUCAGCACAGUGAGCCUUUGUGAUCAGUUUUUCAAAUGAAAAGGCCACUGCAAUGAAGCUGUAAUUUUCUGUCUGCUCCCAUUGUCUUAGAAGCAGGCCAUGGAACCAAGAGGCUGUUGGUGAAUUUGCUGCCUUGGUUGCUACACAGUGCUACUCCAUUUCCAAUGUUGUGCAUGGGUUGGUUCAUAGCGGCUGCAGCGUUGGUGAAGCAGUUCUGUUAAAUUGCACCUCCUAGCCAUCUAAAUCAAAGACACCCUAAAAUUAUCUUCAUGCUUCAAACAAUUAUUGGUCUUUGGUUUGUAAUGAAAUUAAUUGAGUUUUACCU